AUGCGAAAGACGAAGGACCCUGCAGCGAGGACAGAGAGAAGUGAAGCAGCCCGGCAGAGGAGUCUCUGGGCGCUGGAGCUCGCAGGGCGAAACAAGCAUUGCCGCGACGCAGGGGAUGGGGAGGAUGUCGACAUUUUAUAUACAGUACAUCUACGGCUGCGGGACUACGGGAGGGACAGGAAUGGAAUCAAGGGACAGGAGUCAAGAGACAGGCAGCAGGAGACAAGCAGCCAGGAGACAGGAGCCUGCACUGCCUGGCAUCGAAUUAGAAGCGGCAUCGCAGCGGUUGGCCCUGAAUAUCCAAACCGCGCCUCGACUGGCUGGAGCAUUGGGGCUAUAAAUAGAGAGAGGCUCUCUUCUCGUCUGGCUUGCUCGCUAAAUCCAGCUGCUCUCAGGCCACACACGAGGCGGCUCAAGCAGCUCGCUUGCUCUAGGAACGAGACGAGAGACGGCAGAAGGGAGACGCAGGCAUGGCAUGACCCGGACGCAAGGCGCAGGGCCCCGCGAGAGCUUGCCCAGACACCAGUCGACGGUCUGGCGAGACGUGGCUGGUUCUUGGGAGACGGUCUGUCAGGCCGUCAGGGCCAUCGAUGUUGGGAGCCAAAGAUGUUGACAGUCUCGAGAUGGGGCUUGAGUCUUAACACCUUGAUAUAG